AUGAAGGUUACAGACACCAUCAACAUGACAGAAGACACCAUCACCAUGACAGACACCAUCAACAAGCCAGACACCAUUAACAAGACAAACACCAUCAACAUGAAAGAUACCAUCAACAAGACAGACACCAUCAACAAGACAGACACCAUUAACAAGACAAACACCAUUAACAAGACAAACACCAUCAACAUGAAAGAUACCAUCAAAAAGACAAACACUAUCAACAAGACAGACACCAUCAACAUGACAGACACCAUCAACAAGACAGAUACCAUCAACAUGACAGACACAAUCAACAUGGCAGACACCAUCAACAAGACAGAUACCAUCAACAUGACAGACAUCAUCAACAAGACAGACACCAUCAACAUGACAGAUACCAUCAACAUGACAGAUACCAUCAACAUGACAGAUACCAUCAACAUGACAGACCCCAUCAACAAGACAGACACCAUCAACAAGACAGACACCAUCAACAUGACAGACACCAUCAACAUGACAGACCCCAUCAACAAGACAGACACCAUCAACAUGACAGACAUCAACAAGACAGAUACCAUCAACAUGACAGAUACCAUCAACAAGACAAACACUAUCAAUAAGACAGACACCAUCAACAAGACAGACACCAUCAACAUGGCAGACACCAUCAACAAGACAGAUACCAUCAACAUGACAGACAUCAUCAACAAGACAGACACCAUCAACAUGACAGAUACCAUCAACAUGACAGACAUCAUCAACAAGACAGACACCAUCAACAUGACAGACACCAUCAACAUGACAGAUACCAUCAACAUGACAGAUACCAUCAACAUGACAGAUACCAUCAACAUGACAGACCCCAUCAACAAGACAGACACCAUCAACAAGACAGACACCAUCAACAUGACAGACACCAUCAACAUGACAGACCCCAUCAACAAGACAGACACCAUCAACAUGACAGACAUCAACAAGACAGAUACCAUCAACAUGACAGAUACCAUCAACAAGACAAACACUAUCAAUAAGACAGACACCAUCAACAAGACAGACACCAUCAACAUGGCAGACACCAUCAACAAGACAGAUACCAUCAACAUGACAGACAUCAUCAACAAGACAGACACCAUCAACAUGACAGAUACCAUCAACAUGACAGACAUCAUCAACAAGACAGACACCAUGACAGAUACCAUCAACAUGACAGAUACCAUCAACAUGACAGAUACCAUCAACAUGACAGACCCCAUCAACAAGACAGACACCAUCAACAAGACAGACACCAUCAACAAGACAGACACCAUCAAUAAGACAGACACCAUCAACAAGACAGACACCAUCAACAUGACAGACCCAUCAACAAGACAGACACCAUCAACAAGACAGACACCAUCAACAUGA